AUGGCUUCUGCGGACAAUUAUGCUCUCCCACUGUCGGAUCCGGAUACACCAGUAAGCCUGCCACCUCAGGGUAGCAACGCGCUCUUCAACAAUAUCCUUUCGUCUAGUCAAAGCCCGGCAUUGCCCGCCAACCACUUGAUACAAGAGGAUGCACCAGAAGCGAGUGCCAGCCUCUGCGAGGAGAGCGAGGUUCCCACCUCGACAAACUCCCCGGCAAGCACGCCGCGCGUGACAAGCAAACGGCGGAAAAGGAUAGCCGGUACGAAACCUAAGCGCGUCCGUACCGGCUGUCUGACAUGUCGCGAGCGCCAUCUGAAAUGCGACGAGGCUUCGCACCGAUGCCAGAAUUGUCGCAAAUCGGGCCGGCUGUGCAGGCGUGGGGUCCGGCUCAAUUUCAUUGAUACGCAAACGGUCGCGCCGCCGCACUAUAUACCCCGUCCGCCGGGGAUUCCGGUGACUUUCCGGGACGAUUCCAGGACUAUAGCAUCAGAGUAUGUUGGUGGGGAGGAGCGAUAUCCGCCUUUGGGGAUGGAGCCUUCUUUAGAUAUAGCCUUCCCACCAGAAGGGUCUUUGAUCAGUCCUUCAAUACCUUUGAACUCCAUGGGGCAAUCUGGUUCACCUUCCCAUGGAAUUCCCCCGGCUGUUCCUCCUGAUCAGGGCGCAUCUUACAGUCCUUUCAAAUCAGUAAAAGACAGAGGGAAUAAUGUGAACAAUCGUGUAUAUCUCAACAACCCUCAAGACAUCCUGCUGCUGCAGGUCUUCGUUGAGCAAGUAGGACAAUGGAUGGAUUCCAUGGACACUAUUAAACAUUUUACGCAAAUUUUGCCAUUUCACGCGCUGGAACAGCCCAUGCUUUUGAAGGCCUUCAUGGCAUGCGGUGCGCGACAUUUAUACCUGGUCAACUCUGCAUAUGGCGAGGAGAAGGCGUCGUAUUUUCAUGACAUGGCUUCUCAGGAUCUUCUUGGCUCCUUGCGGGAUCCGGAUCGGGACUCUGCGCUGUGCGCCACCACCGCUGUUGUUCUCAAUGUGUACGAGCUAAUGAGUUCCCGAUCAAUUCAUGACAUGAAUCACAUCGCUGGCGCAAGAGCGCUUAUCAAGGAAUGUCAUUGGGAUGCGAAAUCUCCGGGUCUUGGUGGCGCUUGCUUCUGGCUGAACGUUAGCAUGGAGUUGCUCAUCUGCAUGCGCUUCAACUGGUCUUUGGCCUGGGAGCCUGAUACUUGGGGACUAGACAUGAAUAUGGAUGCAGCGGAGCCCCGUGUUGCAGGGGAUGAGGAAAUGUGGACUCACCGUAUUGUUUACAUUUGUGCCAAGGUUGCAGAUUUUCGCUCCUUGGUGUCUCAAACACGGGGCCUGAACAGUAGACGAAGCGAUCAACAGCACCGGGAGUGGAAUACAUACAGCGACUGGUGUGAUCAAUGGGCGAAAGCAGCACCACGGUCUAUGAUGCCGCUCGGCUAUCUCCACCCAUGGGAAACCAGCUCCAAGUCCCAUUUUCCAGAGAUUUGGCUGAUCAAACGGUCCGCAAUUGUAGCUCGAUUGUUCUACCACGCCACACGAUUGAUGCUCGCCAGAAGUCAUCCUUCAGAACUCGAAUUCAGCCCUGAGAUGCAACAAGUGCAACAGAUCCAUGCACACGACAUCUGUGGCAUUGUGGCGCAUGUGAAGGACCGAGGCGUCGCCAGCUUUUCAAUCCAGUUCCUCGUCGUCGCCGCAGAAUGCUUGGUCAUGCGGGAAGCCCAGGAAGAGGUCAUUCAGAUCCUCGACAAGAUCGUAAAGGAAACAGGGUGUCCGGCAGAACACAUCAAACAAGAUCUCCAGCAGACAUGGGGCUGGCCCGCAACUCACCAGGAAGAAGUACUAGCACCCUCAACAGGGACUGUGCCUCUCGUCGACAACCACGGCCAUUUGCACACAGCCGAACUCGCCGACUCGCGAGAGCCACAUGGGGCGAUCAAUCCCAUCAUGGCCUAUGCUGAUUUCUCUAUGGAAAUCCACCCAUACCAGGAGUAUUAUGUUGCUCCCCAUCAUACAUUACACGAAUUUACUUAUGAGACUUUUUAG